UAGCUGCGGGUAGGAGGGGGCUGGGCAAGGUGGGGGCUUGUUAGGGAGGGGACGGUGGGCAGCCGCUGCUUUGGGGAGAUCCGAUGAGCUCCGUGGCUUUUUGCUGGGUUUGCUGUCAUUUCACCUGAAGGCAGAACUCCGGGAAAGUGCGCACUUGCAGGAGAAGGAUGAGUUGGAUCUGGACCGCAAGUCAAGGCAGGGUCGCUGCUCUGCCCCUGAGUGACGGACCUUGGAUAGUGAAAGUGGAGGAAGAUUCACCCGGAGGUGGGGAGUCCGACCCACCAGGGGACUGUCCGGAUCCCGAAACUUCCCGACGGCAUUUUAGGCGGUUCCGUUAUCAAGAGGUGGCCGGACCCGAAGAGGCGCUGAGCCGACUCAGGGAACUUUGUCGUCGGUGGCUGAGGCCCGAGGUGCACUCGAAAGAGCAGAUCCUGGAGCUGCUGGUGCUGGAGCAGUUUCUGACCAGCCUGCCCCAGGAGCUCCAGGCCUGGGUGCGCAAGCACUGCCCGGAGAGCGGGGAGGAGGCUGCCGCCUUGGUUUGGGCUCUACAGAGAGAGCUUGAUGAGACCUCACGCCAGGGGUUGGUGACAGUCCAGGAUGUGGCUGUGUCUCUAACCUGGGAGGAGUGGGAGCGUCUGGGCCCAGCACAGAGGGACCUCUACAGGGAGAGUGCGCCGAAGGAUUAUGGGAACGCAGUCUCGCCAAGUUUGGAAACCAGAACUGAGAACAAAGAGUUGAUUCUAAAGCAAGAAAUUCUAGAAGAAGUGGAGCCACAAGGGCAGCUACAAGAGUCCCAGGAGAAGGGGCCCCUGUCUUCCAAGUGUGGUGUUGCCCAUGAGGACAGGAUAGAAAAGCCAUCAGGCGACCCCUCACUGCUGAAACUUGAAAAGCCUCCUGAAGAUCAGGGAGCCACCAGCAUCUCAGAUCUCAAGAGUGCUCCCAGAGAAGAGGGAGACUCCAAAAAGAAUGAAUUGGGGACUAGUGCCAGAAGUUCAAACUUUGUUCCUGCUCAGUACAUCCAGACAGCAGAGAGACCCAUUACCGGUGAUGAAUGUGGGAACUAUUGCAAACACAGGUUAGAUACCGUGAAACCUCAUGAAUCUCUUGACAGUGGGGAAAACUGCCAUCAUUCAAGCCUACUUGAGGCGCAGAGGCAGUUCCAUGAAGAAAGACCUUAUACGUGUGACACCUGUGAGAAGAGUUUCAAACAGCGUUCCGACCUCUUUAAACACCAGAGAACCCACACCGGGGAGAAGCCCUACGGGUGUUCUGUCUGUGGGAAAAGCUUCAGUCAGAGCGCUACCCUCGUUAAACACCAGAGGACUCACACUGGAGAGAAGCCUUACACCUGCCCCAAGUGUGGGGACAGCUUCAGACAGAGCUCAAAUCUCAGUCGGCAUCAGAGAGUCCACAUGGGGGAGAAGCACUACAUGUGUCACGAGUGUGGGGAAAUCUGCCGUAUCUCCAACCAUUUUAGACAUCAGAGGACACACCAGGGAGAGAGACCCUACACGUGUGAAGAGUGUGCGAAGAGCUUUAAACGGUGUUCCGACCUCUCCAAACACCAGAGAAUCCACACCGGGGAGAAACCCUACGAAUGCCAAGAAUGUGGGAAAAGCUUCAGUCAGAGCGCAACCCUUGUUAAACACCAGAGAACUCACACUGGAGAGAAGCCUUACAGAUGUCUUGAAUGUGGGGACAGCUUUAGACAGAGUUCACACCUCAUCCGACACCAAAGAAUCCAUAGAAAUAAAGCCCCAUCAUUUUGACAUGCUUCUGCAUGAGCUGUUUUGUUUCUCUCUCUCUCUUUCUUUCCAGAAACUACAUUCUUUGGCUUUUGGAGUAUUUCAGUAAUCGUGGGUCAUACUGCCCUGGGCAUUACACCCAAGAAAGAUUGAGUCCAGCUAGAGUCUAGGGACACCCUUUGGUAGCGUAUUGCCUUGAAGCAGGACUGCGUGAGUCAGGAGCCCCACCGGAACACACUUUCCAGCAGAGCGAGGGCGGAACCGUGAGAGUUCUGUCCUUGUCACUCUUCUGGAACCUCUGCUUUUGGACCAAAUCUUGUCCCCCCGUGUUGCUU